AUCUUAUCCAAUGUUGCCAUCUAUCUGUGCACCAUCUGUGUGGGUAUCAUGUCUUACUACAUGGCAGACCGUAAGCACCGCAAAGCCUUCCUAGAAGCUCGGCAGUCUCUGGAGGUCAAGCUCAACCUUGAGGAACAAAGUCAGCAGCAGGAACGGUUGAUGCUUUCAAUUCUGCCCAGGCAUGUAGCGGAUGAGAUGCUGAAGGAUAUGAAGAAAGAUGCAAGCCAGAAAGAAAUGCAGCAGUUCAAUACCAUGUAUAUGUACCGCCAUGAAAAUGUCAGUAUCCUCUUUGCUGACAUCGUAGGUUUUACGCAGCUGUCAUCCUCAUGCAGUGCCCAGGAAUUGGUGAAACUUUUGAAUGAACUCUUUGCUCGAUUUGAUAAACUAGCAGCUAGGUACCAUCAACUGCGUAUCAAGAUUCUGGGUGACUGCUACUACUGUAUCUGUGGAUUGCCAGACUACCGUGAGGACCAUGCUGUUUGCUCAAUCAUGAUGGGUCUUGCUAUGGUGGAAGCUAUUUCCUAUGUGAGAGAGAAGACCAAAACAGAUGUGGACAUGCGUGUGGGGGUUCACAGUGGCACUGUCCUUGGUGGAGUCCUAGGACAGAAACGUUGGCAGUAUGAUGUAUGGUCCACGGAUGUAACUGUGGCUAACAAGAUGGAAGCAGGUGGCAUCCCUGGGCGUGUACACAUUUCUCAGAGCACCAUGGACUGCUUGAAAGGAGAAUUUGAGGUGGAACCAGGAGAUGGUGGGUCACGAUGUGAAUACCUAAAGGAAAAGGGGAUCGUCACCUACCUCGUACUAGUACCGAAGCAGCCACUUAAGAAUGGGAUCAAUGGGGUGAAGUUAUCUGUCUCAUCCUCCCAUGGGAACUCACCUCAACUGAUCAACACCAAAGAAUGCAAUGGGAGCAUUAAUACCACCUGCACAACCCCAGAUGAAGCAGAGGAAUCGGAUGCUAGGGUAGUGAAUCCUUCCUUUCCCAACCCUCGGAGGCGUCUUCGCUUACGUGACUUAGCAGAGAGAGUGGUGGAUGCUUCAGAGAAUGAGCAGGAACUCAAUAAGUUGCUUAAUGAGGCCUUGCUGGAGAGGGAAUCUGUGCAGGCGCUAAAAGGCAGGUCCACCUAUCGCCUCUCCAUGCGUUUCAUUGAUCCCGAGAUGGAGACACGUUACUCUGUGGAGAAGGAGAAGCAGAGUGGGGCUGCCUUCAGCUGUUCAUGUGUGGUCCUAUUUUUCACUGCUCUGGUGGAGAUCUUCAUUGAUCCACGGCUGCUAGCAAAUUAUGUGACAUUCGUUAUUGGCGAGAUCCUUCUACUCAUCUUGACCCUUUGUUCACUGGCUGCCAUCUUUCCCAGGGUUUUCCCUAAAAAGCUUGUGUCUUUUUCCACGUGGAUUGACAGAACUCGUUGGGCCAGGAACACCUGGGCCAUGUCUGCCAUUUUCAUCCUAACCAUGGCUGACAUUGUAGAUAUGCUCAGCUGCCAGCAGUGUUAUUACACCAUUGUCAAUGAUACAGUUCCAGCAGUGCUUCCAGGUGGUUGUGUGGAGAAUCCCAAGUACUACAGCUACAUAGCUGUGCUGGCACUCAUUGCAACCAUAAUGCUGGUUCAAGUCAGCCACAUGGUGAAGCUCACUCUGAUGGUGAUGAUCACAGGGGCAGUGGGCGUGGUCAACAUUCUGGCUUGGCAACAGAUCUUUGACAGAUAUGAUCAGGAACGAUUCCAGGAGAACAUGGUCUCACUAGUUCCAUCAAAGUAUUCCAUGACAGCGAUGAUCUUGGUGAUGAUGCUCAGUUUCUACUAUUUCUCACGCCAUGUGGAAAAGUUAGCUAGGACUUUAUUCUUAUGGAAGAUUGAUGUUCAUAACCAGAAGGAGCGUGUAUAUGAGAUGCGACGCUGGAAUGAGGCUCUGGUGACCAACAUGCUGCCAGAGCACGUGGCACGCCAUUUCCUUGGCUCUAAGAAACGAGAUGAGGAGCUGUAUAGUCAGUCUUACGAUGAGAUUGGUGUUAUGUUUGCCUCCCUCCCCAACUUUGCUGAUUUCUAUACAGAGGAAAGUAUAAAUAAUGGUGGUAUUGAGUGCCUUCGCUUCCUCAAUGAAAUAAUCUCAGAUUUUGAUGCGCUCCUGGAUGAUCCCCAGUUCCGGUGCAUCACCAAGAUCAAAACCAUUGGCAGCACAUAUAUGGCAGCUUCUGGUGUGACACCUGAUGUCAACAGCAAUGGUUACAACAAUGCUAUUAAGAAGGAAGAUCUUUCAGAAAAGGAGCGCUGGCAACAUUUGGCAGAUCUUGCAGACUUUGCCUUAGCCAUGAAAGAGACCUUGAUGAACAUUAACUAUCAGUCCUUCAAUAACUUCAUGCUGCGAAUAGGUAUGAAUAAAGGAGCAGUUCUAGCAGGCGUCAUUGGUGCCCGUAAACCUCACUACGACAUUUGGGGGAACACUGUGAAUGUGGCAAGCCGGAUGGAGUCCACGGGUGUCAUGGGAAAUAUACAGGUGGUGGAGGAAACUCACUUUAUCUUGAAAGAGUAUGGCUUCCGUUUUGUGCGUCGAGGGCACAUUUAUGUCAAAGGCAAGGGUGACUUACUGACCUAUUUCAUGAAAGGACGUGAAAAGCAAGGUUCCUUUAUCAAUGGUUCAUGUGUAACUUUGCCCCACCAGGUGGUUGACAGUUCUUGAAGCUCUCACACUCUACAUGCAGAUAGCAGAAUAAAGCAGGUACCUCUGUAAUGCCCAAAGACAAACAGCUUUCAGCACCUGCUGCUCUGGAUGGGAGAUUGAUAUAUACACUGCUAAUAUAAUUAGAUUUACAGGAAAUCACCCCUUUGCUUGUUCCUUUCUUCUUGAACAUUUAUUAUUUGUAAAGGGGCUCCCUUGCCAUCAGUGUCUGCAUUUGUCUCUUGAUAUAGAUGGGGCAGGAGAAAGGAGGUUUCAAUAGAAAGAAUCCUGCCUCUUGCACAAAUAUGUGGCUUCUUGCACAUUCAGGUCUGGAGGUAAUAGAAUUCUCAUGGCAGCCUUGCUUGGAUAGAUCACCUUGAUUGCAUUAUCUUUUUAGUUCAAAUGUGCAGUGGUUUUGAUUUUUCAUGGAUCUAAGCUCUGCAUAGACUUUUUUGUAAAAAUAAAUGUAAGUUCGGAAUGGGUACUACAAAUAGAUGAUCUUGGAAAACUGCAUAAAGUUCACACUUGGCUCACUUGGUUCAAAUGGAGUUCAUCAUUGCCUCAAAAUAGGCAAAUAGAAAGGAAAAAAAGCAAGUGGAAUCUUUCUUUUCACUGCAACAAGAUGGAGAGGGAAAGGGAGAGAGACCAUUCAUGUAUAUGUACACGAAUGGUAAUAUAUAUGAUAAUAUAUAUGAGAACAGAUACUUUUAUAUUUUUAAUGUAUCUUAAUUGUGAAAGUAAGGUGCCUCUUUCAGGCUGUGCCUUGCUUCCUUUUCUGCCCUCAUCUUUGCUGAUGCUUUAAAAGGAAGAGAUUUAUACAGCCUGAUCCCAGGCUGUUUUAUUAAAAGCCUUCAUCUGAUUGUUA